AUGGCAACCUCGUGGUCGUUUCUGGGCCUGGAAGGUCUGCAUGUUUUCAUUGCCGGUGCGCCGGGGGGUAUUGGGGAGAGGCUUGUGGGGGAGUUUCUGAACCAGGGCUGUAAAGUGACAGCCCAUGACCUUCAUCCAUACAUCCCAGACUCAGUCACAAAUUCAGACAGACACUCGCGUCUGAAUAUCGUGACAGGCACCGCCACAGACGAACAAUCCAUCCAAUCCAGCAUCUCCCAAGCUACCAAGUGCUUUGGUCCCAUCAAUAUCCUAAUCGCCAACGCUGGUAUCACUGAUGAAAGAAAUGACUAUCCCGUCUGGGACAUGCCCCUGGAUGUCUGGGAGAAGACGUCUCAGGUCAAUGCCCGGGAGACUUUCCUCACCAUCAAGCAUUUUCUCCGUGCUGCGAAAACUGCACAGCUGUCUCUUGGUAAAGAACUGGACAAUCUGGCUAUUGUUGUGGUAGGGAGUCAGAUAAGUGAUGGGUUGAUUCAGGGUGUGAAGAAUAAUAUUUCUCAGUUGAACAGUAAGGCCAGAAUCAACGCUGUUGCACUGGACGAUCCAGGAAACAUAGCUCGCACCACAUCCUUCCUAGCCUCCAACCGCGCAGCAGGCCACAUCACCAGCCAAUGCAGCAGAAGUAUUGAAGAAAUAAAUCAGCAAAACAAACCCAAGACCCCCCAAACUCAACCAGAACAAUCCACCUCAAUCCCCCCAACCCUAACAAAACGCAACAAAAUCCGCGUCGCCAUCUCCAUCGACCUCGACGCCGUCUCCGGCUGGCUAGGAACCGGCUACCACCCCGACAACGUCCUAGCCGACUACUCAGCCGGUUUCUUCGCCGCCAAAGUCGGCGUCCCACGCCUCGUCCGCAUGCUCCAAAAACUGCACCUCGCAGAUCGCUGCACGUGGUUCAUCCCAGGACACUCCGCAGAAAGUUUCCCGGACGAAGUUGACCAGGUUGUCAAAAGCGGUGCUGAGAUCGGACUACACGGCUACGCACACGAAGGCGCAUACCAACUCACCGUCGAGCAAGAGCGAGACAUCCUAGUAAAAUGCAUCGCCAUCGCAACAAAACUCACCGGCAAGAGGCCAGUGGGCUACAGAGCACCCCUCUACCAACUCCGCGAAUCAACCCUCGACCUCCUCGAAGAACACAACUUCGAAUACGACGCCUCCCUAACAGACCACGACAGCCACCCGUUCUUCGCGCCCCGCCGACCACCCCUAAAACCAAUCGACUACUCCCUCCCCGCGUCUUCCUGGAUGCAUCCCCUCCCCCCCUCCACACCCUCUAAUCCCCAAGACCGCAGACCGUUAGUCUGCAUCCCCUGCAACUACUACAUGGAAGACAUGACGCCGAUGCAAUUCCUGCCACACGUGCACAAUUCGCAGGGAUACACUGAUACGCGGCUGAUUGAGAAUAUGUGGAAGGAUCGGUUUCUGUGGAUUCGGGAGAAUGAAGUGGAGCCGGUUUUUCCGGUGCUGAUGCAUCCGGAUACGAGUGGGAUGGCGCAUGUGAUUGGAAUGAUGGAGAGGUUUUUGGGGUGGUUGAGGGAGUGGGAGGGGGCUGGGGAGGUGGAGUUUUGCCAGUCCGGGGAGGUGGCAAGGUGGUGGAGGGAGAAACAAUCGUCUACGAGUAGUACUUAG